ACAGCAACCAAUACACAGCAAAGUCCCAGCACACCAUUCCAUCCACCACAUCCAUUGUCCUAUUGUCGGCAGCGAGCAGUAUUGACAAGGGCAGCGAACAAGAAGGAAGAAGCGUCAUGGCGUCAAGCACAGACCCAUACUUUGUCGUGAAGGAGGAAGUGGAAAACUCGAUUGCCAAUGCAGAGCGGUUGUAUGCAAGAUGGCAGCGCAUGUUCACGUCGCGGUCGGCAGAUGACGCAGAAUUCAAGCACACCACGGAACAGCUCAAGACCAACAUCAAGAGCAUCGAAUGGGACCUUGAAGACCUUGCGGAAACCGUCAGCAUCGCCAUGCGCGAGCCCCACAAAUUCAACCUGUCCCAGUCUGAGCUUUCUAAUCGCAACGACUUUAUUGAGACUUCCAAGCAGAAACUCAAGGCGCUGAAAGAUGGCACAUCAGACGCGAGGAUCAAAGCCAAACAAGAGAAAGACCAAAGAUCGGAUCUUAUGGGCCGCAGCAAAUACUCGCGCUACGAGAAGCUCGAGCGUGAAAUCCAGGCAGAGAACCAAGGGUUCAUUGAUGACCAGCAGCAGUCGCAGCAGAUGGUGAUGCGGGAGCAGGACACGCAGCUGCAGGAGGUUGGGCAGACCAUCGGCGUGCUCAAGAACAUGGGCAUCAUGAUUGGCGACGAGCUUGACGAGCAGAACGACAUGCUUGAGGAGAUGGACGAAGAGAUGACGUCGACCUCCGACCGCUUGCGCGGCACCCUCAAGAAACUCGACAGGACACUCGCCAUCACCAGAGAUGGAAAGCAGUCGUGCUGCAUCUGCCUUCUCCUCCUCACACUCAUUGUCCUCAUCAUCGUCUACGUCUCAAAAUGAUGCACACACACACACACACACAUGCUGGCAUGCACUGCCUCCAUAUCCCCGUUUCGUUCCUGCCUUUCGUCCGUCCCCUCUGCUCUUCCUGAGUGUAUGUGUGUGUGUGUGUGUGCGCGCCACUAGGACAGAGACCUUGCUUGCUCCCUCCCUCCCUCUCAACCGGUACAACACCGACCUUUCGUCCCACUUGCUACUCGUCGAUGCCUGCUGUUUCUUAUCCUUCUGUCCUUCCCCCCCCCCCACCCUGUCAUCUGUUUGCUCACUUGUGCCUCGGUCGCACCACAGUUACGCCAAACUCUCUGCUCUGCCCCCUUGCUUGCUCUUGCUUUGUUUGCUCUCAAUUGACAAUAAAGAGUGGACACA